CACACCGCAGUCAACAGUUGUCGCUUUCGCUGGAAAGCAGCUGAAAACAAGUGAAUUUCUGAAUUAAAAACAUAUUCAAACAUGUUUUCGGUUACUUGUGUGGCGCCCGUGAACAUAGCGCUCAUCAAAUAUUGGGGAAAGCGGCAUGAAGAGCUCAUUCUGCCCGUCAAUGAUUCAAUUAGCAUGACUCUGAGCACCGAUGAGCUCUGCGCCAAGACAACAGUGACUGCAUCGGAAUCCUUUGAAAGGAAUCGCAUGUGGCUGAAUGGGGAGGAGGUGCCCUUCGAGGAGGGUUCCCGCCUGCAGCGCUGUUUGAAGGAAGUUCAUCGACUGGCUGUUGCGAGUGGCUCCCAGAAGGUUCCGCCAACCUGGAAGCUGCACAUCGCAUCGGUUAACAAUUUCCCCACCGCCGCCGGACUGGCAUCCAGUGCAGCUGGCUACGCCUGCCUGGUGUACUCCCUGUCCCGACUCUACGACAUACCGCUGAGUGAGGAGCUGACGACGGUGGCGCGGCAAGGAAGCGGAUCGGCAUGUCGCAGUCUGUAUGGCGGUUUUGUGCAGUGGCAUCGCGGAGCACUGGAUGAUGGCAGCGAUUCGGUGGCUAGGCAAAUAGCUGCCUCCGACCACUGGCCCAACAUGCAUGUGCUCAUCCUGGUCGUUAACGAUGCACGCAAGAAGACUGCCUCGACAAGGGGCAUGCAACAGGCGGUGAAGACGUCGCAGUUGAUCAAGCAUCGCGUGGAUCAAGUGGUUCCCGACCGGAUUACCCGAUUGAGGGAGGCCAUCGCAAGCCAUGACUUUCAGGCAUUCGCCGAGAUAACGAUGAAGGACUCGAAUCAGUUCCAUGCCGUCGCCCUGGACACCUAUCCGCCGUGUGUCUACAUGAACGAUGUGUCGCACAGGAUUGUGUCCUUCGUUCACGAUUAUAACGAUCGAAUGGGUAGCUAUCAUGCCGCGUACACCUUCGAUGCUGGUCCAAAUGCAUGCCUUUACGUCCUGGCGGAGCACGUUCCGCAUCUCUUGAGCGCUAUCCAGAAGGUGUUCCCCAAUGAUCUGGCGGAUGGUGACACCUACUUGCGAGGUCUUCCCAUUCCGAAAGAGCAAGAUGCUGAGUGCAGCAAAUUGGAUUCACUGGAUGUUCAUGCCAAGAAUGCUUUCAGAUAUAUAAUCCACACGAAAGUCGGCGAAGGACCAAGAGAACUAAGCGCUGAUAAUAGUUUAUUGAUAAAUGGACUUCCGCUGGAGUGAUGAGAGUGAUUUUGAGAAUGAAUUGCACGAGGAAGGGCACAGAAAUUCUAUAAAGGAAAUAUUUUUUAGAAUAUAUUUAUGCGAACAUGUGGGAUGGAUCAAAAUGUACAAUGGGGCACAUAUAAACAUUUAAAAUGUGCACGAUUUUUCUUUUUUACGUGACCAAAUUUGAAUAUCUCAAUUGCAACACCUUAAUUUAUUCUCUUUAUUUAUUUUUACCUUAUUUAUUUUGAAUUCCGGUGAACAAAUGAUUGGCUAUUUUUAAAUAAACUUAUGAAAAACGGAAAUCAAUUCCAAUUGCAA